AUGGACUUGCGAUGUCGGCUGCAGAGAAUAGACAGUGGACCUGUAUCCGUGCAGAUAUAUAACAUAUUAUUAUGCAACACGAAAUAAAACGAACGAUUCUGAUGCGAUUUUUAUUCCGGUUAUAUUAAUAUCCAUACAAAAUGGUUGAAUAUUAUAAUUUUUAAAUACAUACUAUACGUACUUUGAUUUUUUAUUUUUUUAACGUUGAUGAUGUAGAUAUGUACUAAGUAGGGAUGUUCCAUGUAGUUAAUUUGUUAUAAGCCGGGUACUGAGUAUUGGCCGAGUUUAAAUUUUCAUACUAACAAGGUGUCGAGUAUUGACUGAGUAGAUAAGUAAAUACAAAAUGAAGAUCAUGGCACUAUAAACAUUAUCAACUACCAAUUACUGAUUGAGAAAUUAUUAAAAUAUAUUAAACUGGCUAUUGUAAAUUAGUUGUUAUUCCAGAAUGUACCAAAAUAAAUUAUAAUUUAUUACUUUGGAAUUUUAGAUUUUUCCCGUUAUAUUAAUUAUACAAUAUAUAUAUAUAUAUAAUAUUUAAGUUCAUCUGAUUAUCAGCAUUUGUCAAUUAAAAGUCAAAUAGUUUAAAAAUGGCUCAAAUGUUUCUAUCAAAUUUCAAGUCUCUACGAAUAUUUUUCACUGAAUUACAAUAAAAAAACAAAAUUGAAAAACAUUAUUUUCGUAAAAUGUUCCAUUUUCCUAUCAUUUUUUCUCAUUAUUAUUAUGAAAAUUGAAAACCCCUGGGAAAAUCAAAAAAAUGAUCUCCCCAAAGUACCACCCCGGUAAAUUCUCUUUCAGAAAAGGUGCUAUACUUUGCAGUAAGAUUUAUGGUAGAAUUUUUGUAUACAGUAUAUAUAUUUAAAAAAAAAAAACAUCUUAGUAUAACCAAUAAAAUCAUACAGAUAAUAAUAUUAUACCUACCUAUUUGCAACUUAAAAUUCAACACCCGAUACAUAAUUUUGUUCAACAUUUCUUCUGUAGAAUCAUACACCUGGUUUAUUCGCAACUAUAAUUUAUCGCUAACGGAUGAGUUAACUAAACGAUCCCCCUAAAAUUUUAAAUAAGAAAUAAGUGCUGUCAAGGUUAGGUGGCCAAAACAUAAGAUUUGUAUCAUGUGUGAUAUUUUAAGAGACGAUAUUAUUGUAGUAGUUAGAUUUAUCCACUAAAUUUAAAUUUAUAUUACACGCAAUUAUGUUAUUGGUAUACAUUUAUCGUUUAAAUUUCUAUUGUAUUGUGCACACCUUACCUAUGUGUAACUUAUAUGCAGGUUACUUUAUUAAAGUUUAGGUGAAACCAAACUUUUAUAAUAAUAUGAUUUAUUUACCGAGUAAAAGCCUUUUUUAUGUUAUGUAACUAGCAUUUUUUCCUUCUUUAUUUUCCCGAUGUUCUAUAAUAACCAUAAUAUAAUAUAACAUUAAAUAAAUCCUACACGAUUCGCGGUCGUUUUCGCGGACUAGUUGGCCAUGACCCGAAUGACAUUAUACACAGACUUUAAAGAUUGAAAGAAUAAUAUAUUAUUAUUUAUUAUUGAAGUAUUUAAGUAUGUAUAUACAGAUAGGAAGAUACGGAGUUGUGUACAUAGUUAUUUCGUUGGCCACCAAAAUACAUAAAAAAAUAAUUGUAAAAUCCAAUAUUUUUUCAACGAAAUUGCUCUAAACACGCUGUGCCACGUUGUUUAUGAUUUUUUCGGUUUCUCGAGAAAAACUAUAAUAUUACACCACGCAUCAGUAUAUUAUAAUAUAUCUAUAGUACCUACAUCCGUGGUUCACAAUCUCUUUGAGACUACCGACCACUUAGGGGACUUUCAAUAGGUAGCGAACUACGUUGAUUCGAGUGGUUUUGUUGUAUUGCUUAUAAACAAGGAUAAUUAUUUUCUAUGAUUUAUCAAAUAAUUAGUCUUUUUUAUUUUAAUUAUGGUAAAAUUGAUGAUUUAAUGUGAUCUGUCGGUGUAAACAAGGAAAAAAAUAAAAUUUACAACAUGUGUGUAGCUCUAAGUAACGACCAACAGUAUCCACCCGAAAUUUCAAACCUUGUUAGGGAAUGCCGAGCUUAAAAAUCACAUUUUCAACUACGUUGAUUCGAGUGUUUUUGUUGUAUUGCUUAUAAACAUGGAUAAUUAUUUUCUAUGAUUUAUCAAAUAAUUAGUCUUUUUUGUUUUAAUUAUGGUAAAAUUGAUGAUUUAAUGUGAUUUUUAAGCUCGGCAUUCCCUAACAAGGUUUGAAAUUUCGGGUGGAUACUGUUGGUCGUUACUUAGAGCUACACACAUGUUGUAAAUUUUAUUUUUUUCCUUGUUUACACCGACAGCCUUGAGGAAUAUAUUUUCGCUGUUUUUGCGUGUCGUCACUUAUGCCCAGCCGAUACACUUUGGUUGAUUUUAUUUUCUUUUGAGAAAACUCAAAAAACCUUAUUCACACAAACAUUAAAAGUUGAUAACGAAAGGCAUUGCCUCGGAGUAGAAUAUGUCAGUGAUUUUUGUAAAGAACGAUUAUCACUAAAUUUCUAUUUUAUAAUAGUUAGGUUUAAUAGCUGGUAACCACCGAUAAAUCUGUACAAACGUCAUUCGGCCCCGCGUGCCUUGUACUAGUUUUAAAAAUAAAAAUAGUAUUUAGCCGAAAAUAAUGGGACUUAGUCCCUUAAAACUCAUUAAAUACCGCACUGUAUGUACUAUGUUUAGUAUACACAAUCAAUAUUUUAAGGCGUUGAGCUCUCCCAAAAAAAUUUAGGCUCUUUGUGAAAUGUGAUCGCAUACCGAUCCCCUUGUCCUAUUUUUACGCGCGAACCCGUAUAAAAUAAUGGAAAAUAUUACAAGGUAUUGUAUAUAAGGUGUAAAAUGUGGUUAUUUAGAAAAUUCGGGGUGGCAAUGUCUAUAAUACAGUCUCGAGUUUUUCACAAUCGUUCAUCUAUCAUAAUACAAUAUUAUUCUGGGAUUUCAGCUUUGCUUAUUCUAUAGAUAGGUAAUAAAUUCUGCAGUUUCUAAAACUAAUUGAUUUACGACCGGAUGUUGAUUCUAUUUUAUUAUUAUUAUUAUUAUUAUUAUUUUUUUUUUUUAUCAUAACCGAUCAAGUUUAUAAACUCUAUGAACUUCUAUGAACUUUUAAAACAAUAAUAAUAUAUACCUAACUUAAUAUAUGUAUAUAUAUAUAUAUAUUGUAUUAAAUAAAUAAAUACAUAAAUCAUACUCUGUACAACAUUCGUUUCACGAAAAGAUAUGCCUGGAUAAUCCACUUUAGGACGUGUAUUUUUUUCCGCGCUGUGCGUUUCACAAAGUGUAAACAAAUAACGGCGGGGUUUUCCUUUUUCGUCGCGAAACGCCGAAACGUGACUUUUCGCGACGAGUCAACGGAAUAAUAACAUAAUACAUACGUUAUUACGAUUUCGCGGCGGCGGCGGCGACGGCGGUCUCCGAUAAUAAAUUAUCGUCGCCGCGGUUCAAACGCAUCAGAACGCCGUCGGACCACAAUAACCCGCGUACCGGCAAUCUAACCCGCACGCGAUAUUAUAACGCGACGCUCUAUUCUCAAGCGCGGCGGCGGCGGCGGCGGCUCGUGCGGCCCCAUACGGCGCGAUACAUGCAGGCCGUAAUAAUAACAACGACGACAACGACGACAACAACGAGAAUCGCGCGCCGUCGACGAUUCGUCACGGAUCAAAAGUCGCCGGUUUCGGUUUUCGGUGUCGUGCACGUCGCGCGGCCGUACGCAUAAAUCACCCGCUAAUGCCCCCCCGCCGUCGCACGGUCCGCGCCGUUUUACCGCCGUCGUAGGACUUUCUUUGACGGAUCCGGCGAGCGUGCGCGCACGUACGGGCCACGGGGGCAUUGUCGCGCGCGGGGCGCGCGUACCUGUGUACCAUAUUAUGCGCUUAAGCGCCGCGAACGGGUAUACCGCGCUAUUAAUCAGAGGACGGCCCCAUUGUGGGCGCAUAAUGUUCGACUGACGGUUACGACCUCUCGGGCUCGUCGUCGUCGUCGUCGUCAGGGACGAGUGCCUGCAUCAUAAGCAUUAUUCACGCGCGGGGCCGCGGAGCCGACAAUAUAUAUCGCCCGUUCUCCCUCCCCUCCGCCAUACCGCCGUACGGCCGCCCCGCGUGUUCUAUUUAUCGAAAAUAUCGCUUACGUCACGCGAUAGGCGAUCCGCGUCCGGUCGCGCAUCGCCUCGACGCGACACCGUCGGCCCCGCGUAAAAUCUCGUUUUAUUUAUUUAUUUGUUUUUUUGGUUUUUUUUUUUUUGUUUUCAAUCGUCCGUUUUUACCGUUUAGGUGGCCUGGCUGCGCGUGGACACGCAAACGAUACUGACCAUUCAUAAUCACGUCAUCACGAAAAACCACCGGAUCGGCGUGUCGCAUUCGGAUCACAGAACGUGGCACAUACACAUCAAGGAGUUGAGGGAGUCGGAUCGCGGAUGGUACAUGUGCCAGAUCAACACGGACCCGAUGAAAAGUCAACUGGGUUUCUUAGACAUCGUCGGUGAGUGACGUCAUUGAAUUUGAUUGCGUUAGUACAGGGGGUCUCUAAAGUUUUUUUACGGCGGGUCAAUUCUGAGAUACGCUUCGGCGUCGCGGGCCAAUUGUUUUCAGAGGACCAUAGAGAUAAUGAAAUUGAAGAAUAUAGAUACAAAUAGACACAAUUCAUUUAGAUUUUAGAAAAAUGUAUAUUUAUAUUUAUUUUUAUAAUUCGAAAAUUGUUUUUUUGUGAUACGAGUAAGUUACUUAAUGAGAUGUUUGGAAUUGCUUGUCUUUUAAAACUUCUUGACAGUUUGUAUCAAACUUUCUUGUUUCAAUCAACUGCGUCGUUUGUAAAUAUCCAUCACUUAAGUUUGGCUCUAUAUUUAGAUUAAAGGCGUAUUUCAUUUUUGAAAACGUCUAUUCGCAUGAGUAAGUGGAGCUAAAUUUUGAAAUCAUUUCACGUGUAUAUUUUUUCAGAUUUGGAAAAGACUCCUCUGGCAAUGUGACAUAAAGUUGUUGGAGUGUAAUUUCCUUGAAAUAGUUUUUGAAAUGGUUAUUUGAUGCGAGCUCGGCAAUUUCUAGCUGAAGCUCCGUUGGUAAAGUUCCCAUUUCUAUGGCAAAUCGCAAUACGGUCUUCUGCACUUUCGAAACCUCUAAAGAGGGUUUGGAACUGCUCAUUCAAAUAGGUGAAAACUCCAACAGCAAAAUCAGUAGCGAAUUCUUCUUAAUUUUCAAGUUUAAAUUUGUUGCACGCAGGAAAAUGUACACAUUUUUUUUCUAAUAGUUUUUUUGUGAUUAUAGUCAAUAUUAAUUUAAAAGCUUUGAUACCUGGGAGUAUGCAGAUAGAACGAUUUUCGAUUAACGAUUGCCACCGUAAAAACGAUAACGCAAUCGAUUGGGUUUUUUACUAUUUUUUGUUAUUAAGAACAACUAACGAAAAAUCUUUUAUUUUUUUUUUUUUAUCUUUUAGUAGGAAAUACUAUUGAUAAAUAAAUAAUAUUGUCUAAACAUCAGUUAACUUGGUGGUGGGCCGGUUUGAAAAGCAUAAUUAGCUGGAACCGGCUGCGGGCCGUAGGUUGGAGAUCAUUGCGUUAGUGUAAUAUGUUGUACACACAGGUAUGUAUAUCGACUAUAUCAUACAUGAUGUUCUUCUAUUCUGAUCUAACCUUGGCGUCUCCACUUGAAAAGUUUUUCCAAAUCAUCUACGCACACUUUAUUAUCCCGUGGCAGUACUCUCAACCGCUGCACGUAUCUUAUUUUCGGGUUUCCGUCCUUCCUUUCAUAAUAUUCAUAUAUUAUAUUCGUUUGUGAAAUUACAUCAAAUUAUAACAGCCUCCAACGAAUCUCGGUGCUCGUCAAAAUUAUCUUAGUCGACUUUAUUCUACCUAGUGUAGGUACCGUUUACGUUUAUCGUGACGUAUCAAUGUUCAAACGAUGUUGACGAAUACGUGAUGACUCAGCGAUUGCACGUUCGCCUUCCGCCCGUGAAAUAAUCAUAAUGAGAGUUUAAUUUUCAAUUGUGUUCGUUUAAUUAUCGGUGCUUUUCAAUUAAGGGAGGAGAGUACGCCAUACUGGCUCGAUUUUAAAUACCGACUGUACACACAUUUUUUUUUAAUUUUCUUAUAUUAAUGAAUGCUGUAUAUCCAGUCCUUUCUGAAAUUUUCUUAUUUAUUGUCAGCUAUAGGUUAAGGAUUGGAACAUAAUCACUACGAAAUUUUCAUUAUCAGAUUUUAACCUAUUUUAAAAUUAUUUUAAAUAGAUGAAAUUAUAGUUAGGAUGCAUUUUUGUGUUAAGAUUUGUAAUUUCCGUCUAGCUGUUGAUUGACGACUGACGAGAUAUUCCAAUUUUAAGUUUGUCGUUUUAUCGAUAAAGGGAAAGAAUUCAUAGACACUUCCCUGUAAGACAAUUCCCCGUCCAUAUUAUAUUUAUAGUAUCUUUUAAGGAUAAUAUAAUGCAUUUAAUAAAAUAUAAAAAAAAUCGAAUCUAUACUUAGAUCACAUAAUUAUAACAUGUACAAUAACAUUAAAUAAUAAAAAAAUACUUCAAUUAAGUACUCCUCUAGAUCACGUUCGUCAUACUAUAUGGACAUAAUAUUUUAUAUACGUCAACAUCUCGAUAUUUCCCUGCUCAUUACGCUGCAUUAAAUUGGUUUCAAUGUUUUUCCAACAAAAUAUUUAUUUUUACAUAUUUUUCGUUAUUACUUGAAAUAGAUUUUGGUGUCAACAUUUUUGAUUACUGUCUACCCGUUAUUCCACUUUUAAAUAUAGGUAGGGGAAGAGUAGUGUAGCACUAAUAAAAUGCCGCGUGCCGUGCCGUCACAUAAAUGAUACUCCUUUGCUCUCCGUUUCCUUAAUCUAAAAGUGGAAUAUCUCGUUAACGGGUAGACGGAAAUCAAAAAUGUUGAAAUCAAAAUUUACAAUCCGUCUAUUUAUGGAAUUUUUAGUCUAGGUUCUUAUUUUAAAAAACAAAGUUGAUAUAACCACGGGAUACACGUUAAAUGUCGUGAAAAAAUCUAAGAAUCUAAAAAUCUAUUCAAAAAUAUCGGCUUUCAAUACGCUUAAAAAUUCCAAAAAACAGAAUUUAAAUAUAUGCAAAAUUUAAUCAAAAGAAUGGGGUGAUUACGCUUGUAGAGAAUCACUCUGUAUAUAUUAUAUUUACGUGAUCUAUAGAUUAAAUUGUUUUAUAUUUUUUUAAAUUAAUUUUAUUAUUCUUUAUUAUCAAGAUGAUAUAAAUAUAAUAUGAACGAGGAAACGUAGUGAACGGAGAAAUGCCUUACGGAAAAGUGGUUACGGGGAAGUUACGGCAGACGAGGAAGUGACCCGAUAUAAAGGGAGAGUAUAGUAGAUGGCGUGUAAUUUGUGCGACAGCGUUUUAUUUUAUCUGAUACUUGUACAUGAUUAGUUAGGUAAGUAACAAAUUUUACAAUUGUAGACAGUAUUUGAGAGAUGGGAUCAGGGAGAUAAUCCCCUUUGAUAUUUUUCUAGUAUUUAUUAUUUACAUGACUACGUAUGUCUAUACCUUUACGGUUAUUAAUGAAAUAAAAUACUUCUGUACUGUACUAAAUAAUAAUAACAACUGUGUAUAUAAGUACGUCGUUAAGUGAUGUGUAGGUAAUUCUAUCGGUCGUAUGCCCUCCAUCGAUUAUACAAUACCAAAAAAUUCUCGUAAGUUAUUCAAAGGUCAAAGGAAUCAUCAUUGUGUUGUAAAAACAAAAAUCAAAAAAUUUGUGGAUAGACAGGAUCUGAAUUCAUAAGUGCCAAACCUUACCAUUUUCCUAAUUAUUGGUGAUUGAUGGUAACAGCAUUCACGAUCAGUUGUACAAUUUUUUUGUAAAUCUUUUUUUUUAUACGUAUUUUUUUUUUUUUUUUUUUUGACUGGUUUUAUUUUUACUGUUUCAUGCAAAAAUCUGCCUUCUUCUUUUAAUGUUCUUCGACUUAUUGAGGAACUUCAAUGACUUUAAUAAGUUAUCUUCUGUAUUUCCCUAUCUUCACCAUUUCCUCUAUUCUAAAUCCUUGUUAGUGCACUUUUCUCCAGAUUUUGUCCAGUUCUAUAGUUAUCUAACGUUAUCGUUCUAUCAUCCUGCCUUUUCAGUUUAUAAUAGUUAUUUUUUUUUUAAUAAUACUUCUAGAUCAUCUUCAGUCCGUUGUUUUGCUUAUCAGGUAAAUAUUAUGCUUUUCAGUAUUACAUGAUAUUUAAUUUAUUUGUAUAGAUGUUUCGUACGUCAUUAUAUAUAUCUGUGUUCUUAUUCUGUAUUUUUUUAACGUUUCCUCGACUUAUUCAUCUAUUUAAUAUUAACACCUACGGUUCCUCUUAAACAAUUUAAUAAUUAUAAAAAAAUAACAGUGAAACCUUAAAUAUUAAAAUUACUUUAUUGUGAGUUGGUUACAAUACGGUUUUGACUGUAUACUAUAGUAUGAAUACAACGAGUGACAUAGGUAUAUCUACCUAGUUGAUAACAAUAAUAAUCGACGGUAAAUAAAUGCGCUGUCGUUUUUCAACCGAGAUCAUCGGCCUUUGUGGUGCGUGCCACUCGGCCUUUCGCCGUUUAAUAACGCAGUAUAUUGUCGUCGGGCUUUUGUUACCUCGAAAAUGUCGUGCGUUUCAGGGUUAUAUACGUUAUAGUAAUAAACCGACGUGAUUUACCGUCAGCGACGAGUUUUCCCUAUGCACAUUUCCAUCGUACCUGCUGAAGAAAAGAAAGCGUUUUAGAAUACGUGUUGUUGAAAUAUAAUGAAUAUUAUAGACAAAUUUACAUGUAUAAAAAAUCAUAAUUGAGUAGAGGUAUACAAUUAUUGAAAACAAUUAACUUAUGAAACAAAUAAACGAAAAAUAAAAAUAAAGAAAAUAGCCCAAUGGAAAUUUAUACGAAUAAUUCAGAACAUUGACCAAAUAGGUACUUCAUAAUAGGAAAGUCCUCUACUUUUUCUAAAUGUUGUAUUAUCUACUAUAGUUAACAAGGUAGUUUUAAUAAUAAUUUGUAUAGAUAUAGCUUUUUAUUUUGAUAGUAUAUUAAGACAAUUCAUAAAAGAAGGUAUAGGUAAUUCAGGUUUGAAUAUGAAAUUUGUGUAGCCCAAGACAUAAUUGGGACACAUAUUUUAUGAAUUAACAAAGUUACAGUAAGGUCAGAAAAAAAAACAAAUGUGAGAAAAAAUAUUAUAAUUUAUCAAGUAACUGUUAUCUUUGUGACUUUGUAUUCACUUUAAUUAUUUAAGAAAAUCGUGAUAUAUUUGUUGUAUGUAUUGAUAAACGAUAGCAUGCCGUGAUCUAGAUUAUCUCCAAGAUAAUUUUACUUUGAUAACCCAAGGGUAAAAUUUUACCCUUAUUCUACACUGGUUUGAAUUUUCCCACUCCUGUGGUCAAAUUUCACUAUUAGCUACGAUCAGAAAAAUUGGUCCAUCGAAAUUUUACACGGUGGGCUCAAAGGUUAGGUUGAGUCGUGUGUUAAGUUACUGCAAAAAUCCGAUUAAACGAUUUCUGUUAUGCGACAUACCUUAUAAGAUUACGUAAUUCAUGACGUUAUGUUCUCGGCGCUGUUCCGUUCAACCGGUCGCCCAAAAAAUUAUUAUGUUCAAAAUUAUUUCCGUUUUCCGUCGACGUUGUUUUAUAGUUCCAUUGGCGGACGACGCGGCCACUUGUUGCUCACGCCAGCCGUAUUAUAAUUGGUUUUUGCAUACAUUAUGGUACCUCCGUAGUAAUAGUAUACUGUAAUAUACACGUAGGGUUACGAGUAGAAACAAUUUCAUACUGCUUGAAAUAUCGAAAAAUACAAUUUUUUCUUCUUCUAAAUAUUAAUUGUUUCUUGAUUUGAUUUUGUAUCAUAUUUCGUAAAGUCAUAAUAACCGAUUAAUAUUAUAGUAUUGGAUUCAUUUUGAACUUUAAAUAUGGCAUUCAUCAUUCGAAUUGGCCUUGUGUCGUAAUAAUGAAUAUCCAUACAAUGUCAAAAAUCAAAACUAAUUUGUUCAGAUUAUUGUAAAUGUUUUUAAUUUGCUGUUAAAUUAAUUUUUAAAAAGCUACGGGCAAUUAAAUACCAUUGAGUGUCUUAAGUAAAGAGUAACACUACCACCGUAGUUACCGUUUGAAAUUUAAAUUUAAAAAUAAAUUGUGUUUAUUUUCCAUCAAAAUGAAAGACGUCAUGACUUAAAUGAAAUUUUCAAAAAUAUAAGUUUCAUAAAAUAUUAGAACUCUAUGUAUGCGUAUCCCAAGGAGUGCGAUAAAUUCUGGGAUUUCAAAAUCUGGACUGAGUCGAUAUGGAUUUUAGAAUUUCGAAUUUGUGUCUGAUGGGAUUUUUCACUACAAAGGCUGGGAAUGUAUUGCGUGUAAAACCUCAAAAGUACAAUCCACUAAAAAAUGAAAAAAAUAAAUUUAAAGUCAAAUAUUGUCAAACAUAUUAGCAUCAUUCAAAAAUAGGCAAAACAAAAUGAAAAUCUCACAGCAAACUUUGGAAAACAAUGCAAAGUACAUUGAAAUGCCAUUCACUUUCAUAAUAAAUCUAAAGAUGUUUUCGAUUUUUCGGAGCAGAUAUUUCCAAACAUCCGAAUAAUUAUCUCAUGUCUAAAAUUAUUAAAUUAUGUAGUAUCAUGUAUAUAAACCGUCUCACAUUGGCAAGAUAGCGAAGCACGAGUAUACUAUUGAAGAUGAGCGAUAUCCACAGAUCGAAGAACCCUUAAAAGCCAAUAUUCUCAGCCGCUAUUGGUUGGUAUGGGUACCUAACAGCAAUAAUAAUACUUCGGCACUCGUGAGGUGGUAAGGACGGUAAUCGUAGGGUUGUGUUUACGGACAACCGCAGUGUGUGCUCCUCAUUUGCAUCUUAUUGGUAGACUCGCGCGCGUACACCGUACCCGGUUCGAGUGUACACAACGCCGGGACAGUGCAGCACGGAGGAGGGGGCUACCCAAUAUAAUCCACUCCACUCUCCGCGACCGCGGCAGCCUGUCAAGAGUUUAUGCACCGGCAGUCGUGUGGCUUAAUUACGACUCGUAUAACUGGCGUGGGCGAACACACACUGCGCAAUAAAGGUACCUAUAUUAUAAUAAUAAUAUUUAAUAUUAUCGUUUAUUCAUUUAGAACGGUUCACCGGCCACGAUCCUGGCAUACAAUAAUCGACCUAUAGUAUACAGGGUGAUUAUUUUAUCCCCCUCUAUCUCUCUCUAUAUAUAAUGGGAAUAAAUUGAGUGAAUUCAAUAUUAUUGAUUUUUUUUUUUCUAAUCAUAUAGAAUCGUUUGGAAUCAAUCUAAUUUUUACAGCGUUUCCAAAAUGUUACUCUUAUUCCGUGUAUAUAAACCAUAUUUAUAUAGAUUUCGAUUUUGCUUUUUUUUUUUUUUUGUACGCUUUAAUGAUGUAUCAUUGCUAACGAAAAACUAUUCUUAGUGAAGUAUUAAAAAUUUAUUUUUCUUCUGUUGUUUCUAAGGUAAUUCAAAAAUCAACAACAAAUUGCCAGUUUGUUUCCAUUUAUUAGGAAAACUAUAAGGAAAAUCAUAAAUUGAUCUCCUGAAUGUACCAACUAAAUCAAAAAUGAUCUAGUAUGAUCUAUCAUAUGAAAUUUCUAUAAAGUUUCAUGAUUGGAGAAAAAGUUCUAGUGUAAAUGUUCUUUUUAUUUAUUUACAGAGACACCAAAAAAAAAAAAAAAACACAUCAUAUAUAUCAUAUAUAUCAUAUAUUUCCCACUUCACUCAAAAUAAAAAAGUCGUAAGGAAUUGCAAUUUUUACCGAAUAUUAAUGUAAGCACUUUCUAGAAGUGGUAUAAUUUUACAAACAUUUUGAUGUUUUUUGAUUUAUCUAUAGAUAUUAAAGUUUUUCGAAUUGUUUGUAGUUGUUAUUUUUGGUUUUAUGUGGAUAAAUAUUAAUUUAAAAAAAAGAUUGACAUACUUCGUACGUCGGUGCAGCCACUUUUGCAGGUGGGAAGUUGGGAAAAUAGGAAACAGACGAGAAUUAAAUGUAUAUCUGUAUACAAUGAUAACCAUUGUUAACAAAAAAAAAAAACGAUUUUGAGCGGAGUUUAGUUGAUAGUGUUGCUUUGUCAACAAUAUAUAUUGUCAUAUUACAGUAAAAUUAUUACACCAAUAGGGGUUUCAAUGACUACAAUGAUUGUUUAAGAAAGAUUUAAAAUAAUAAAACUUAAUAAUUACAAAAAUAAAUAAAAACAGUUAGCAAUAACAACUUUAUUUUUAAUUUUGCAAUCUUUUUUAACCUAAUAACCAGGUUUUCCUCAUUAUCUCGAAUAUUAAAAAAAAAUGGCCUUUUAAACGAAGUACUACCCAGAGAAAUCUUUCUUUCAGAAAAAGUGCUAUACUUGCAAUAAAGACCCAUACAUGGUCUUAUUGAAAAUAACAAUAAAUGUAGACAUUUUGUAUGUAUUGAAUAGGACAAAACAAAAUGGUCGAUUAUAAAAAUAUAACCGCCGUUUAACGUAUGAGAUUUAUUAUAUAUUAGGUUCAAAUAAAGCCUUUCAAAAGCUUUUUGAUUUGAAAAUAACCACGUAAUUAUUAUACGAAAUAAACGCUGCAGGAAAACAAAUAUAUAUAUACAAGACGCAGAGAGGCAUUAAACUGUAUUGUAGCAACGGCGGCGUUGCGGUAGUAUCGAGUUCAGUUUUUCGUAAGUAAUCGGAUAAAAAGUACUUCGCGAUUUUAUACGUAUUAUAUAAUAUAGGUAUGUAUAAUAUAAUAAAAUAUAAAUAAAAAUCGAAUUAUACGCGUCACUGAAGGAGGUUCUUGAGUGACAAGUUUGGCGGAGAAAAGCAAAGUAAACGUUUGCCCGACGAUAUUAUAGGUUGGGGUGGCCGCAAGCCUUUGGUGACGGAACAACGGUCGCGGGGGACCUUUUCGAGAGAUACGAAGCUCUACGACGACGAAAAGAAUGGAAAAAAAAAAGUCGCCAAAGUCAAUUUAUCAGUUUGCUACCGCCGCCGCCACGUUGGAGGGUUUGUCAUUAUACACUUGCGGAGAAACUUUUUCCCUUACACACACACGCACACACACGCACACACACAUAUACACGAACGCAAUGACGAUGCAGCGAUUUGUCCUCUCCCGCUGCGUUAUAGCUAGCAGGGCGGGUGUUUAUACGCAACAAAAGAUUUAAUGAAUCUCGCAAAGUCGACUUUGGCUGGAGAAUAUAAUAUAUACUGUAUAUAAAUAUAACAUAUAUACAUAUAUCUAUAUAUAUAUAGAGAGAGAGGAAACUAAAUAAACUGUUUGAACGGACUACCGGUGGCUUUACAGUGUGUAUACGUGCAAUAGCUGUUUUCUCUAUUGUAACGAACGAUGGUUCGACGACGACGACGAUAAGGAUUAUUUAAUAAAAAUUGGUUUCGGUCGUCUAUAGAAAUUCACCUGUAUAAUAUCGCAAAAGUCACUCCGUCCAGAAGUGACACCGUCUAUUAGGGCAAACAUUUGACCCCCGGUUGGUAUAUAUGUUUAAGAAUGUAAAUAUCCACUGACGACGCCUCGUUCGGCAAAGCGAUCUGCCUACCUACAAGUCUACACAAUCUAUAUAUACUUACUUACGACAACAGUCGUAAGUAAACGCGGCCCCGAAGUCAAUUUAUGUAGGCCUUUUGGCGGCGGCCGGCCGCCGCCACUUUAAACGGUUCCGACGACGACGGACAACAAAGAGAAAUUUUCAAAGUCGAUUGUUCCUUUGUCGUCAUCGUCAUCCAACCGCGUCAUUCGCUCGUUUCCCGCCAAAUCGACGAGACGUUUUCAAUCGUUUUCGCUUACAAUAAACUAUCGCUGCUGACACUUUUGUCGGAUUAGGUUAACACACUUGGUUAUAUAGGUCAAAACGAUACAAUAUAUGACUUUACUUAAACGAUUCGUAAUGGAGAGCCGUUUUUAUUACCUCCCCCCCCCUCUAUGCGAACUCAUAGAACCGAGCUAAUUUUCAAUCAAAUUAAAUAUAGGUAUAUACAAAUUAAGCAUUUUUAAUCGCAACACAAAUUGUAUAGUUUCCCAAACAAUUCAUUUGGUUAUACUUUAUAAUUGAUAAUAAAUGUAUAAAUGUGUAAAUGUUCAAUAAAGAACUUGGUUUUUCAAAGAUUAUUGUAGACCUUCAAUUACGUAUUAGAUGGCCGGUUGGCAUAUACAUAAUACGAUUUUAUUUGGCAUAUUUUGAUAUUUUUAGAACAUAUUUUAAGAGUUUGUAUUAUUUUUCACACAUUUCUAACUCAAAAAAUUAAGAUCUAUGCUUACNCAUUUUUUGUUUGUUUCGUUUGGUUGUCAUCCAUUUAUAUUGGUUUUCCAAUGUGUUAACAAAAUUGUGCUUCUUCUAAUCUGUACAUUUCAUACGGAACAUGGUAUAGGUUUACUAAAUUGAUUUUAUUUUAUUCGUUAUUUUUUUUUUUAAUUUCUAGAACAUAUUUUAGUAAUUUUAGGGCAUAACUGUAUACAUAGUAUGUAUCUGUUUAAUACGGUUUUAGACUUAUAAAUGUCGGCCUAAUAAUAAUUAUUUCUAUUUUUUUUUCCAGUUCCUCCUGACAUCUUGGACUAUCCGACGAGUACGGAUAUGAGUAUCACGGAACGCAGUAACGUGUCGUUGAGAUGUGCGGCUUCGGGAUCGCCGACGCCGAAUAUCACGUGGCGCAAAGAAGGCUCCGAAUUCAUACUAUUGGAACACGGCAAAAAGGGUCAGUAUAUACCUAGCUAAUAUUAAUAUUCUUAUUCCUAAGCAAAAUUUUAAGACAAUUAUGUUUAAAUAAUUAUUAUAGAUUCAUUUCAUUCUUUUUCAACAUCAAGUUGAUUCCGUGUUGUACAACCCACAAUAUUAAUUUAAUAUAAUAUUAUUGAUAGGCAGAUUGACGCCCUAUAAUAUUUAAUGUAUAAUACGAGCUCGAGUUUCGUAUAAUGUUUUAUUAUUGUAUCAUAUACUAUUAUAACCUAAUAUGAGAUCGACAAACAUUAUUAUUAUUAUUAUAAUCACCAUCGUGCUAUUGCCAAUAAUUAUAUUGAAAGCGUAUGUUACAUCAUAAAUUGCUGAAGGGUAUGUAAUAAUAAUAAUAAUAAUAUUAUGCAUGUACCAGGUACAUGGUAUAGACCAGCUAUUGGUUGCCAGAAUAGCGAUCAUCCGUAAUCGUUGUUUAUGAUAAUAAUUAUAAUAAUAUUGUGUCGUCGGGGCGAAUUAUGUUUGCCACCUACCUAUAUAUAUAUAUAUUAUUACUACUUCCAUGUAAAUUCGAUUUAUAACUUCUAUUGAUAUAAAAUAUCAUUAAAAAAAAAAAUCAAAAAUACUUACUGCGUUUUUAAACGUUUAAAACAGAUUUUUGUUAUUAUUCAAGACACAUUUUAGUUUUAAAUUAUAUACGUAUCUACCUGUUAUAUGAUCUUAUGUAGUAUUGUGAAAUAUAACAUAUUAUAUCUAAAUAAAAUAUAAUGAUAAUGACUAAAAAUAUAUUUAAGAUAAAGAGAAUAUAAAAAGUUAUUAGAGUCAAUAAGAAUUUUAAGAUAAUUCAGUGGAAAGGCAGUUUUUUUUUAAAAAAAGAGCUGAUUUUGUCCAGAAGGAAAUUCUAGAAAUGUUCAAAAAUUAGAAAACAAAUAAUAUCAGACUUUAACCCAAAAUCAUUUUCCAAGGGUUGUGAAAUUAAUACAAAAUUUACUCCCAACCCGAUCCGUUGACAUUUGGUCUAGUGCGAAAGUUUCUGUUUUCGGAGAAAAUUCGACAAAAGGGAAUACAAAUUAUAAAACCAAAACGUGUCAAAAAUAACUGACAAAAAUUAUUGUAAUCUCGGAGGGCCGACAUUUUAGGAUCCGAUGUUGACAGACGUUUUUUUUAUAUAUUAAUAGUAUUAAUAUUAAAUUUUAACGUUUGCCAUAUUACGGUAGAUACGCAGUAGUUAUAUUAUAACCCCUUGUAGUCUGAGUUAUUCAACGAUAAUCGGUACAAUUAUAAGGUAAUAUUUUCGAGUGAUAAAUGUAUUAAAUAUAAAAAUAUAUUUAUUUUACAGUGUACCGAUUUUCCCGUUUUUCCUAUGUUUUUCCCGGUUUCCCAAUGUUUUUUCCCGGUUUUUCAAAUUUGUUGGGAAAACUCUUGAGAAAAUCGAAAAAUUAUCUCUCUUAAAUACAUUUCGUUUAAAUUUGAUGUCAAAACGCUUAUUAAAAAAAAAAAAAAUGAGUCGUUCGAUGAUUUUAAAAAAAAGUAUUUGGUGAUUUUUCGAUUAAAUCAUUUUUCCGAUAGAAAAUGUCGUCCGGUUUUUUAUAAAAUAAUAAAAACGUGAAAUUUUACGUUUUUUUCCCACAUAAGUACUUUUAUUUAAAAAAUACCGUCGAAAAGCAAAAAAUGACUUGUUUAAAGUACAAUCUAGACAACUUGAACUUUCAGAAAAAUUGCUACACGUAAAAAUCGGAGCAAGUUUACUAGAAAAAAACGUGUCCACAGACUAGAAGAAGGAGAAAAAAUAAAUAAACAUUUUAGUAAAACAAAUAGCUCUCUUAUACAAAUAGCUACACUCAGAAUCUAAAAAAAAUAUAACUGUAAAACAACCUUUAAAAUACAAUUUACCCGAAUUGUUUUCAAGUGCAGUAUUACGAGUUCCCAUUUUCAAAUAUAUAUUAGGCAUAUAAAAUUCACAUUUUUUUUUUUAAAGAAAAAAAAAGUCUUUUUGUUUUCUUGUAUACAUUUCAAAUAUAAUCAAGUAAAAUGUAUUUGAAACAACAAAGAUAAACGAAAUGAAGAGAAAGGAGUAAAAAGGUUUAUACAGUUCACAUCUGGUAAUUUUGAUAAUGCUCAAAAGAAAUAGUAUGACUUUUAUGUUUUUUAGACUUAAAGAAUGGCCAGUCGUAUUUUUACGAGAAUACAUUUUUUUUUUUGAAGGUUGUCGAUGACAAAAAGUGAUAACGAAAGAUAGUUCACCCUAUUUAAAGACUAGAAACAUAGGUGUCCAAAUAAAACAUAAACAAAUAAUCGAUAGUCUCGGAAAAUUCAAUCCAUCUAUUUAUUUUUUAAGACAGUUUUAUUAUAUUUAUACCAUCAUACAGAAACGCACAGUUAACACGCUAACGAAAUAUAUAUUUCGAAAAAUUCAAAGAAAAUGUCAAAAUUGUCUAUAGGUAGUUUAAUAGUUCAUGUAUGAGUUAUUAUAUACCCGCGAAUAAUUCGAGUUGUAUUUUAAACUUCCGAAAUGUUUUUAUAUAGAAAUGUCUGGAAAACAAAAUGUCAACAGUAUAUAAUAUUGGGAAUAACCCUGCAGCCAGGAUUUCGUAAAAAAUGACGAUUUAAAAAAAUAAAAUGAAACAAAGUUUUUAACGGUUUUUGUAUUUAUUUAAAUUUUGAGCAAAUUGUAUAAAUCAGUUUUAUUAUAAUGUGUUUAUAUAUCACGCGUUAUGUACAUACCAGUGAAUAUAUUUUCUUCUAAAAAUGUUAUUCCGACAAUCAAUUUCAACGAUGAUUUUCGAUAGAAAAUUUUGUUUAGUUGGUUCAUUGAGCGGGGAGGUUUUUAAUACUCCUUGCAGUUUUUUUAAUAGUCGAGAAAAACGGGAAAAUUUACGCUAUUAUAAUUUUUGAUUUUGUUUUAUUUUUGUGUUUUAAUUCGGUUAAAAAUAGUCGUAAAAGACCUGCUAUUUUCACAGAAACUUAUUUUUCACUUCUUACGCGGUAGGAAUGCAUUCGAAUAAUGAUGUGAUAGUGAUGGGAAGUAGAGAAAUUGGAAGAAAAUAAAUAUGUUCUAGACCACCUUCCAAAAAAGUCAGCCAAAAAUAGAUAACACUAUACUUUAAUAGCCUGAUUUUUUUCGGGUGUUGUUUGGGACUUAUCAUUGACGGUGGUGAUGGUGGUGGUCACCAUUUAUAAAUGCCACUACUCGGACAAUUUUUACGCUACUUUGAGUUAUAGUACCGUUCAUUUUCUUUGUAAGAUCUUCAAUGCAGUGCUAUCAACUUUAUCGCUACGAUUUCCUACUGGCCUAUAAUCGCGAACAGGCGUUUCUUUCCGGAUGACCGUCAUAUAUAUAUAUAUAUAUAUAUACUAUUAUAACGCACGAUCGCAUAUAACAAACUAUAGUAUUAUAAUAAACCCAUUUCAUACCGAAAUAUAAUGGAAUAAAGACGAGGAACAGACACUUGACAAAGUCUCAUAACACAUAACACGCUAAGUAAAUAUCGUUAGCUUAUAUUGUGUCGUUAACGGUAGGCACGUACAACAAUUUCCUAUACACCAGUCACGCAUGUUCGUAAAUACCGGUAGAAGUAUUUUAAAAACCGUGUAUCAAUAUUAUUUAAAUUUAAUUACUUUUUACUAUACGUCAUGUACCGAUAAAUGCUAGUGUAGUAUUAUGUGUAAGACCGUUGAUUAAGUGUUGAGAAGUUACAAUAACAAUAUGAGUGUAUUCGUGUACGGCUUUUAAUAUUGGUAGUUAUUUUCGCUGAUGUACAGUAAAAUGUUUGACAAAUUCGUUAGGUGCGUAGGUAGGCAGGCGUAUAAUAUAUAGGUAACCUUCUUCAAAUAUUUAUGACGUGCAAAACUAUACCAUCGAACUAAGUAAAGAUUAAUUAAUAUUGUUUCGUUGACGUUGCUUAAUAAUAACAAUUUUGAUAGUUGCAUAAAUAAUAGUUAAUUACGUGGAGUUUGAGGCAGGUAUAUAAUAAAUACCUACGUUACGUAUAUAAUAUUAUUGUGGAUCAAAAAUCAAAACAAACAACAAUAUGAUUAGAAUUUAUUAAAAUUACUAUAACCUAUCUAAGUAAUUGAGCGAUACACGAGGAUUGAGUGAGAUGAGAAGGUCCUUAUAGAGAGCCUGGAAACCGAGUGUGAUGAGCCGAACUGAACAGUUAUUAUCGAACUAUUUGAAUAGUUUUUAUUCGGUCAUAGAAAAAAAAAAUCAGGGUUUAAUCAUAGACAAGAUAUGAUUAUUAAAGUGACGAAAAGCAAGCUAAGAUUAUAUUGGAGGGAGGGGAGUGGUUACUCACAUCGCCACUAAAGAAAACCAAUCGAAUAGUUCUCCGAAAUAUUCGAUAAUUUUUUAUUUUAUUUUUAUUUUAUAGUUUUUCUGAAAUGAAAAUAAUAUUCGCUCAUAGAAAAAAAAAAAUAUUUUCUUUUGAAAUAUUCUAUGGAUCAUUCAAACUAUCGAUAGUGUUAACUAUUCGAACAUUUUUAUCACUGAUUUUUAACCAUUUGAUACACGUGAACGCCUUUUAUUUUUCGAUUUAAGUCAAUUUAUUGUCUUCAUUUGUAUGAAUAGUAUUUUCGAUGUCUCGAAGGACAAUAUGGAUAACCAAAUUUUUCAAUUAAUAAACGGUAAAAAUAUAUUAUUUGGACGAAAUAAAUGAUAUUUCACUCAUAAGAUUGUGUAUAGAAUCGUGAGGCAACUCGGAACUCUUAUUGAGUUUAAAAUCUACACGCACCGUAUCUAGGUACAUAUAUUAUAUGCGAAUAUACGUAUUCUUUCGUGUGCCAUUCAACCUAACUAUCUGCAUAAGCAUUUUAGCACUCGCAUACUCGUAAGUUUCGUACCACAGCAAUAUAUUAUUAUAAUAUUGUGGCCAUCAUUAAUGCGUUAUAACUUUUAUGCAAUUCAAACAUGUAGCCGGAUUAUCAACUCGUAUUAUGUGUGACUGUAGAUUUUUUUUUUCAAGAAUUGUUAUUAAUAUACUCACGAUGACUAGUGUAUAAUAUACCUAUUACUGAGGUGCUCUGUAUAAAUUAAAAAAAAUCUACCUAGAGGUACCACCAAUCUAUAACUCUCCUGUUAAUUUUGCUCUUCGAAUUAUCAUCAUCGUACUAUUAUUAUUAGUUCGUAAAAUUAAUUUAAAAUUAGAAUUAAUUCAAACCGAUGUAAUUAUUGUUUGUAAUAAGGGAUCAUUCAGAAUAUAAUGAUCGUCCAUUUCUAGAUAUAAUGAAUAGAUCAUCAAUAGAUGAUAUGAAUAUAUGAUGGAAGGAAGUAGUUUUGGCGGCAAAGAGCCUAAAUGGCUCGUAAAAGCCAAAAAAAAAAAAUAUAUAUAUAUUAUGUUAUAUUACGGUAAAACGAUUACAACAAUAUGGGUUUCAAUGACAACACUGAUUGUUUAAAGAAGAUUUAAAAUAAUAAAGCUUAAUAAUAACAAAAAUAAAUAAAAACGGUUGGCAAUAAUAACCUUAUUUUUAAUUUUGCAAUCUUUUUUAACCUAAAGAAUCAGGUUUUCCUGGUUAUCUCGAAUACUAAUGAGAAUUUAAAAAAAAUGGACUUUUAAAAGUACCACCCAGAGAACAUUUCUUUUCAGAAAAGGUGCUGUACUUAACAAUCGGAGCAUGCUUUCCGGUAGAAAGUGUUCACAUAAAAAAAAAAAAUACAUAUCGUAGUAAAACCAAUCCAUCAUCAUUAUCAUUUGAUCCUCGUCCAAUUCAUUCAGAAUCUGGAAGUGGUACGUGUUUAAAUUUCGUAUAAUUUAUUAAAGUUGUAAAACGUUGACCGUCAAGUGGGUUUUCAAUGUAUUCGGUUCCUAUUAAUUUCCUUGUGACAAAAACAAUAUUUUUUCAAAAGUAUUAUUAUUAUGACGCUGGUUCAAAUUGAUGAAAACGUGCUAAUUAUAUAGCAAUAUUGUAGUAAACGUUAUUUUUAUUAGGGACGAAACUGGUAUGUACUUUUUUUUUCACCAGGGACGGAACCGGUGUAUCCCUUUUUUUUUUUGACCGGGACGGAAUUCGUACGCGGCCGUUACAGCGUGCGCGCGUUCCUAACGAUGCACGUUGUUUUAUUGUGUUGUUCGUAUUGAUCGCGGCGAUAUGAUUUACGUCUUAGCAAAGUAAAACCAAUCUAACAAUAACAAUUUACGGACACGAUUGCGUAGUCCCCCCCCCCGAAAACCGUAUUAUAACGGACAGUCGUUACGAUGCGUUUUCGGAAACGGUGUUAUUGUAUGCGUAGAAGGCGCGUCGCGUUAUUAUAUAAAUUAUUUCCCCUCAAAACAGUAUCGUCGGAUUGUCGGCGUGCGCGGGUAUAGGUAUAAUAAUAUUAACAACAACAACAACCGCAACAUACUUUGCGGCGUGCGUUUACUAACCGAAAAACGUUGGCGUUAUGUAAUAGUAACUGCGGCGGUUGUCACAUAAUAAUUUACUUUCCGAAAAUUAGAAAACCGCAAGAUUGAAGUUGCAAAUGACAUGUACCUACAUUAUACCGGUAAAUUCGAUAUGUUAUACACACACACACAAAUAUAUAUAUAUAUACGCACACAGGUCUAGAUAUAUUGUUUGAAAACUUAAUUAAAUGGAAUGCAUUCGCGAACUUAUACAAUGUUUUGUUGAGCGUACAGUGGGUCCCGAGGAGAAAUUUCGCGGAAACCGAAUAAUGGAAUAAUAUUCCGCUGCGACCACGUGGGCAGGUAUACGCGAGCUAUAAUGUAAUUUGGAUGCAGACGAACGUUGCAACAACGCGCAUUACAAUAAUUAAAGGUUCUCGAUGGAACCGAUCUAUAAACGACGUAUGAGUACGCAUAUUCUGUUAUCGCGAUUGUUGGAACGAGGAGCGACAACGGAAAACGCGUCUUUUGACGAACGUCAUACUUGUCAAUACCUGUCCUAAUGGACUAUGGAUCAGGAAGUAGAAACGGGAUUCGGAAAUUUCGGGUUCCGGGUUCCGAAAAAAGGUUUCGACUUUUUCCGGAUUAUCCGAUUUCCCGAAAACCGGUUUCAAACCCGUUUUUACUUCUGCAUCUGAGCCCCGUCCCAAUAAUCGUUUUUUCAAAUUCGUUCCGUCCCGGGUGAAAGAAGUUUAUGUACCGAUUUCAUUGCUUUAAACUUAAAAGCGACUUUUUGUGGAUUGCAAAAUAAUAUAAGUCCUGUCCAUCAUGGUUACAGCCAAACUUGUAACCGUGAAAUUCGCCUUCGUGGUAUUUAACCCCCUCUCCCCCCCUGGUAAAAUUUCUCGAGUGAAUGUUAACCCCCUCCCAGCAAAAUUCCCCCGAGAAAUUUCGGCCAAAGGUCAUUUAUUCAUUAGUGACCCUCCUAAUAUCCGUUUCCUCUCACUGGUCUUAUUUCACGGGGUCGAUAAUCGCUGGUAUAAGGACGGUAGUACUCCGCUGGACGAUUUUUUUUUUUUUGUAAAUUUUACCGGAGUAUAACAUACUUAGUAUCGAGUUUUUAAUUAUUAAGAGUAAAAAACAAAAAAAAUUAAGAUAAACGCUCGAUCAAUCCUAUUGAAAAAGACGAAAACGUCAUAUAUAAGAGUUCAACGAUAUUUUUUUGUUCAACUAUACAGUCAAACCUAUGCAUUUUUAUGUUUAUUAGAACAUGUAGCCAAUUGGUUGUAUAAUUGUGUUGUAUUAAUGUACUAAAUUCAAAACCUUUUGUAAAGCGAUUGCAUCCGUAUAAAUAACUAGCUGACCCGGCAAUGCUUUGCUACUGCCAGAUACUAAUGUAAAUAAUAGUCAUAAUAAUAAUAAUAAUAAUCUUAAUAAAAUUAGGUAGAAGGAGAGUUGUGGAGUAGCAUUUGUGUGUGCGGCACGGCGCGUGGCGUUUUAUUAGUUCUUCACUACUCUACCACUAUCUGAACUUAAAAGUGAAAUAUUUCAUCAAUGGGUUGAUGGAAAUCAAACAUUUUAACACCGACAUUUAUUUAUAGUAAUACUCAUUACAAUAAUGAGAAAUAUUUAGAUCAGUGUUUGGAAAUAUCUAUAAAAAUGUAUCUAGAUAAGUUAUCUAGAUAAAAAUGAUUAAUCUUUUAUUUUGUCUGGAUAAUUUAUUUUAACGGACUAAAAAAAAAGAAUUGAAAAGUUAAAAAAAUAUGAUUAAUUGGUAUUUACCUUUUUCUAUUACACGGAAAACAGACAUUUGGUAAAACUUAUUAUUAGGGCUCGGAAGUUGAUGACCUUAAAACAUGAGAUAAGAUUUAGGAUAUAAUUUACAGAGAGUUUUUCAUAAACUAGUUAAUUUUUCUUUAAACUAGUGAUAAAUUAGUAAAAAAAAAAUAUAAAUUUAUUGAAAUGACCUAAAAAUGACGUAAAAAUAAAAAGAGCCAGAAAAUGCAAAAGACGGUAAAUAAAAAUUAGUUAUUUAGAUUCACAUACUAUUGAAACACAUUUUCAACUAAGAAAGCAUCGUCUAAGAAGUUUUUUAAAAAAAAAUUACAAAAUUCAUCAACUUCCGAACCAUACUUAUUAUUUAACCAUGUAUUUCAAUAUUGAAUGCUCAUUAGUCUGUGGUUUUAUACCGUAAACAAUGAUAAUAUCCAUAAAUAUAAAUUAAUGUAAUGUUAUGUUGCAAGAGCAACUAACAAUAUGGGCAAAAGCGAAAACAUCUAAUCCUGCUACCCUCCACAGUAUGGCAACGGUUAUCAAUAGCUGACACCGGUUUCUUAGAAUUACAAGUACAAUUUAAAUUAAAAGUCAAAUAAUGACUUAAAAAUUUAUCAUCUACCUACUCAUGUCCUAUGUUUAAUUUUCAAAUGUUUUAUAGUAUUUCCUUUUUAUCAAAUGCCUGUAUCACUGAAUGUUUUAAAAAAUAAACAUUAAAUCAUCUGAUAUUUAUUUAGAUAAAAUUUAGUUCAGUCAUCUCUAUCUUUAUCUAGAUGAAUUAUUGGUUAUCUAUUCCCAGUACAGGUUGUACUCUACCUAUUAAUGUAAUUUUUAAAAUAGGUUCUCAUUUGAAAAACCAAAGUUAGUAUCACCACAUGAUACUUCUUAAACGUAUUCAAUAAUUAAUUAAUUUUAUUUUUAUGUAUACAUUUUUUAUUUAUAUAUUUAUUUAUUUUAUUUAUUCACGAAUAUUAUUAACCAUUUUAAUAAUUUUGUUCUUACUUUAUUAUUUUAUUACUUCUUAAAUUUUGUGAAAAAUCUAAGUGUUCGAAAAUAUCGACUUUACCUACACUUAAAAAUUCCAAAAAUCAGAAUUUAAAUACAUGUAAAAUUUAACCAAAUAAAUGAAGGGAGCACGCUAAGUGAAUCACCCUGUAUAUAUAUAUAUAUAUAUAUAUGUGUAUAUUACAUUAUACGUUAUACGAACAUUUAAGUCAAUUGAAUUCAAUGUAAUCAUUCUAGAUCCUUUGGUAUUUUGGCUUUCAAAUGUUUUUUUACCUUAAGCUCUAUCACGGAAACCGUAUGUAUUCGAUACCUACAUAGUAAAUCAAUCAAAGAAGAUAAAAUCGCCCAGGGUAGACCGUGUAAUUCAAUUUCCCAUCUAUCAUGUCGUAAACCGAAUGUCUUUAUCAUUAUUUUUAGAUUUUGAUUUUCGGCAGUAGUAAGUCCCGGUUGGGCCUUAAAUUUUGACAGCACAAAAUUUAAUAACGAUAUUAUUCAUGUGUGUGAAUUAUGAUUUAUAUAAUAUAAUACUUAUACAUAUUGUAUUUAUUUUAUUUAAUUACGUGUGCUUUCUUUUUUUCUUUUUUUUUAAGUAUUCUUUUUUUUAUCUAUUUAUUGCUUUAGUUUUAAUAUUGCGAUUUUCAAAUAGAGGGCAUUUUUUUGAAAGAAAAUAUUAUCAAGUUGGUAUAUUGAGAAUUUAAUUUAUUAAAUUUAUUAAUAAUUGGGAAAAACGUAAAAAAUCAGAAAAAUGUAUAGUGGUUGCAAAUGUAAUAAUGGUUAAAUUAUUUUCAAUUUUAGUUUCUAAACGUAACAAGGAAUUUUACUUGAUGCGUUUUUUCUUUUUUAUGCCAAUGAAUAAUUACGUUGGGAAUCUUGCUCCAAUAAAAAAAUUACAAUAAAGCUUUUUUUAGAAUUUGUAUUUAGAUAGUGCAUUUUGGUUUUUGUUUGAUAUUCCAAGUAAUCGUAGUUUUUAUAAUAACUGGGGAAAAAAUGAAAGUUUAUGGUAUUUAUUAUUAUGGAUUUAAUUUUUUUGUUGUUAUUCGGUUUAAAAAUAUGUCGUAAAGACCCAUAAUUUUCGUAGAAUACUUAAAUUAGUCUUUAGACGUGGUUAAAUGUUCAUAACAUUCAAGCGAUUUUUAAACUAUUUUUGGACAUUUGACAUUUUGAAGUUUUUUAAGUUUAUUAAAGAAAUGUUUUUAAAUUUAAUGAGGUUGGCUUUUUGUGAUAAAAAAAGUUGAUGUAAAUAUAGUGUUUUUUUUUUUUAUAUAUAUAUAAGCAAUUGAAGUUGAAGUUUUAACAAAAAUCGUGAAAAUCAAAUUUUCCAAUCGUUUCAAAAUAUGUUUAACCGAACUACGGUCAGAAAUGUUUUUCGUUGUCAAAAAUUUUUAAUUAUUCUAGAGUAGAUAUAAUUAGAAAUUUAAAUAAUCAAUACAUUUUAUUACGUUUUAUAAUAUACAUGUAUUGGCGAUUAACUAAUAUUACACUACCUAUAUAGCCGAUAUUAUUGUUAUUGAUAUAGGUACCUGCUUUAAUCUAUACAGCAACGACAACAACUUAAUAUUAUAGUUGUUAUGGUAUUGAUCGCGGACAUACGGAUACUCGGAUAUGGUACCUAUACCCAUUAAAAAAAAAAAUAUAUAUACAAUAUAAUAUUGUUCACGGAGAGGGGGAGAUGGGUGAAUUUGAUUUACAAUAUGAACGGCAUAAAUUAUGGUGGGUGGUAUACAGUAGGUAUACACACACAUAUGUAUAUAUAUAAAUAUACUUAGAAUAAAUAACAAAAAACCGAAACUGUUGAUCGGCAAAAUACCUAUGGUAAAAAAAUCUCGGUCCGCAAUCCUAAACUCGCCGUUCGUGCAUAUAUAAUAUUCGCGGGGUUUUAAACGCCAUCCAUUUGCGGGUUCGUUUUAAAUGUUUAUUUAUUUAUUAUUAUUAUUUUUAUUUUUUUUGUUUACGAUAAUAUAUCAGUAUUAUAAUAAAAUAAUCUAACCUCCUCACAUCACAAACUAUUUAUUAUUAUAUUUUUUUAUUUUUCAUUUUUUUUUAAAUAUCCCAAAUAAAAAAAUUAUAUUUAUAGUGAGCGAGUGGGUGAGUGAAAGAGAGAGAGCGAGAGAGCGAGAGAAGAGAGAGAGAGAUAGAAUUUGAAUAUAAUAAUUUAUCCCAGUGAAAUCCGGCCGGUACCUAGCUAUAUUAAUACGAUUUUCGUAUAAUAGCAUUAUUAUUUUCAAUGCGUUUUUCGCAAUGCCAUUAAACACUAGACGGUGAAAAGUUUCAGUGUGCAGGAUUUUCUACUAUAUAAGCCAAUAAUCAAAAAGUUGAUUUUAUAGGCUUUUAUAUAUUUCUGACGUGUUCCGAUUGACAUAAUUUUUUAAAAAAGGCUGAAGAAAUAUCGUUGUUUUUAUCUUUAAAUAAGUUAUAUUUAAUAUGAAAAAACAAAGAAUAAAAUAAAGACAGAUCUUAUUUUAGACGUCUCGUUAAAGUAAAUAUUAACAAUGUUAUCAACAUACUAUAUUAUAUUUGUUUGUUUUAUUCUUUUAGAUUCAUAGAGAUUUAUAGCGUAGUGUUUUUCGGUCAGGAAUAAUGAUCAGAAUUUUUUUUUCAUAUUGUUCAUUAAACGAUGGAGAGUUGCUACUUUAUUUGGAAAAGAAAUGUAGUGCAUAACUUCCCAUCAGUUUUUCUAAAAAAUUAAAUAAAACUCACUUAACUAAUGACGAUACAUAUACGUUUUUAUUUUUAUUGAUUUCCCGGGCACUUUGGCGGAUAAUUUAAUCUUUUCAGUUUAACGAGCUACGCUCAGAAUUUUUUUUUAAAAUUUUUUUUAUUGCAUGAUUUAUUGUUGCUUUUGGAAUGUACACUACAUUGUUCACCCUCUAUUGUCUAUACCUUCCAAAUUUAUUCUCUACUACAGCAGUGACUUGCCAAUUUAGUGAAGUAUGUCCGGUUUUUUAAAUGUUGUGUUCUACAUUUGUGUGCGUAUAUAUUAUAAAAGAUCGAUACGAAAAUGUAAAUCGAGCGCAAUAUUAUACGUAAAAAAUAGACGUCACGAUUUGAGCAAAACGAAAUAACUGUAAUUAUGUAGGUACAUUGAAUAAUAUACUUACAAGUAGGUCAGUGAUUUCAUCUUUAUGGAAAUGAAAAAUACCUUUGUAUUUAACGUUGGUUUUUUUUCUUUUAUUUCAAAAUACAUUUUUCACCGUAACAUAUAAGAAAAUGGGUAUUUUACCUGUCAACAAAUGCGUACGCAAAUAUCGCUGCAGCAAGUAGAAUAUUUACAUACUAUCAGCUGGAGUUAAAUAAACCCGAGGUUUUGUGUUUACUUUUCGUGAGUAUAGGCGGUCAUUUAUAAUUUGUGAUAUAUACAUAUGUAUAUGUACAAUAUCUCAAAGCCUAGGAAAUAAUGAAUUUUAUCAAUCGGUUGAUUUAAGUUAUUAUUGAAAAAAAAAAAAUAUUGUGAAAAUAAUUAAACUUGGAGUUUUUGACUUUAGAUUCUGAAUGUACCAUCAAAAAAGCUAUGUUAGUAUUAUUAACGAUAAGUGUGUGUAUGUUUUCUGUUAGAAAACAUUUUUUUGGGGUUAGUAUACCAUAAAUACUUCAAUUUUUUACGUCGUACUCAUUAUACAUAUGUGUUUUUUAUCUUGUGGUAGGUAUUUUUUUUAAAAACGCUUUUAAAUUUCUGACAGAUUUUCUAUAAUAUUAAAAAAAAAAAUCUGUUAAAAAUAUCGAUUAAUUAAUUGGUCUUAUUCUAUCGAUUUCUGCAGUGUUUCUCUGGCUUCAAGUGGGAAAAUGAUUAAUUAAUUAAACUACUCUGCUCAGAAUCGAUUUUGGAUUUGAACGAUUUGUCGUAGCUUUCGUAUAUAUACAAUUAAAACUUACCUCUAUUCUUUAUCUUUCGAACUUCUCACCCACAGUGAUCUACUCAACUGCGAAACAAGGUUGGCUUUUUUUUAAAAAAUAAAGAUUAUCAAUAAUCAAUACUUUACUCAGAUUGCAAUUUAGGGAAUAAAUAAAUUAUACCUAUUUUUCAAAACUCGGCAUUACUAUAGAUCCGAUUAAAAAAAUUUAAAACAAAAAAGCGAAAAUAUCGAAUAUAUAAUUUGUAAUUAAUUGUUAUACUGUCAAAAUAACAUAGGCAUAUUACCGUGUUGGAAUCCUAAAAGUUUAAAUUUAAUUUCUUAUUUUCUAUUUAUACACAUUUUUCGAUACACAUAUCUAUUAAUAUAUUUCUGGUAUGUUGCCCAACAAAUGCAAGACGUUUUUUGUUUGGUUAUUCUAGAUGGCAAUCUCACAUUAUUCGUUCUCCCGGAAAAUUUAAGUAUAUAUCCUGAUUUACAUUUAAAUAGGCUUAAAUAAUAAUAGCAAUAAAAAAAUACCACCAAAAGCGUUUAAAGUAUCAACUGCAAAUUGUAAAACGGACGAUACAUCAAUGACUUGAAACUACACGUGAAAAAAAAUAUAUACUACGGACAGUUAGGCGUACCACUCUUGUAUGUGGGAAGUUGAAAUAGUAUAAAAGGUAUAAACCUAUUUAACCUAUUUUUACGUAACGCUAAAUUGUUGCUAACGAAAAACCGUUCUGAGCGUAGUCCGAUUAAAUAUGCCUUGAAAUGUACAUUUUUAUAGUUUUCGUAAAAUUUUGAUCUUUAAACAUUUAUUAAAAAAAUAAUAAAACUUAGAUGAAUUUCGUGUUCAAUUUCAAGCAUUUCUGUAAAAACAAUUUUAUCUUUAAGAAACCAAAACAAAUUUUAAAAAACUCGAAAGUUUCACGUGAGUUUAAAUUGUUUAUAACCGAGUCAUAAUAAUAACAAAGAAAAACUUACCGCUUUUGCCUUAAUUUUUUCGAUUUUUAUAAGGGCUUCUCAUUAGUUAAGAAAAAAUACAAGAGAAAUAAAAACAAAAGUCCUCAUUAUUGGACGACUGCAGUUAGACGAAAUUUGCUUUCGGACAAAUAUGCUAAACUCGUUGAUGAUCGGAGCAAGAAUUCCGGUAGAUAAGUUUUUCAGGCUGAAAAAAAUCGCAUCACAGUAAAACCGAUAAAUAUACUCAGGUGUCAUCUUUUCUCUCGUUUAGAUUAUAACGGUCAGUUGAGUUUUCGGUGUUAAACGCAGCAUCCCUACUCGUACACACCGAUCUUUACGAAAAACUACGUUGCUGGAACACCGUGAAUUCAAACUCAGUUCCAUAAUGUGUUAAUUAUAGUUCUAUAUUUUAAUGUAAUAUUACGGCGUGAAGUAUUUUCUGUCGUUUAUUUCGAAAUCAAAAUUUGUUUCCGUACGUAAUAUGUAUAUAAUGCGUGUAAAAAAAAAAAUAAUCGAAAUACCGAAGCGGUAACGUGUGAAACAAACAAAAAAAAAAAAAAAUCUGCGCGUAAAUCAAAUUAAAUCGUCGCGCGACAGACGGAUUGGGGGGAGGGGAUGGGGGUGAAAAAAUAAACCCGUGUAACAAGCGUCACGUAGCCCCGAAGUGGCGCACGUUGAUUUGCAUUUUUACGAUAAAUCUCAUCGCUGUUUUUUUAUUGUAUAUACGUGUACAUUGUACACCAGCUACUGCCGCUAUACGUUCGGUCGGCGAACGAAAUAAUAUUAUUGUAUAUUAUUUUAAACGGUAUCGCCGAACAGAACGACGGCACUUUUCCAGAAAAACAAAAACAAAAAAAAAAAAAAAAAAAAAAAAAAGGAAAAGUUAAUGCUCGCUCCCUCCCGCCGCCGGAGAUUUAAGUAUUAAUAUAUGUCCGCGCCCGUGCUCGAUCCGAAAGCCGGCCCGGUAUAUAUUAUUAAAUAUACAUCGAGAGCCCGGCCCGACCGGACAGGGGAUUAUCCCCGACGGCGGUGUGGCGGUGGUUUUUUUUUUUUUUUCUGUAAUCCCUACAUUAAAAAUAUAUAUAUGUAUAUGUAUAUAUACGUACAUAAUAAUAUAUCGUACGCAUUAUAAUAUACCGCACUGGAUUUUUCUUUCCGCCGCUGAUUACACCGGUUUUGUGCGGGGGCCGGGGUCGGUGGUGGUGGGAGCGGGAUUCGGGUGUACGGUGAAAAAUUAUACGUAUAUAAUAUUUAAAAAAAAAAACAAAACAAAACAAACCCGCAACGGCCAACGGUGAAAUUUCAGUAAACGGCUUAUUAUGGGGGAAAAAACAAAAAAAAAAAAAAAACCAUAAAAAAAAUCCCGUCCUUACACGCGUAUACAUUUACCGACGACGCUCAUUAGGGGGUACCGCGUACCGCGCGUUAUUAAUGGAAUUUCGCUGGGUUACAGGUCCUGUAUUAUCUACGGAUCUCGUAGCGAUAAGGUGUGUGGGUUGUUAUAAUGAAAUAAUGAUGAUACGAAUACGUUGUUGUCGAAUAUUAUAUACGCGAACGCCCAGGGUUUUUUUUUCCCGUUAUUGCCGCCGCCGCCGAUCCGACGUAUCUGCGAUGUUUUAUUCCCCGAGGUUGUUUUUAUUCCGGCGAGCGUCCUCGGGGCUCGGGUGACGCGGCGGGCACCUAACCGCGAAACAAAACGAAUCCGAUGUCCGGUUUGUACCCGGCACUCUCGGAGGUAUUACCGUGUGUAGCGGAGUCCGGACACGGAUACGGGUAUAAUAUAUGUAUAUUUUUUUUCCCCCUAUUUAUUUAUUUAAUAAUAACGAAUUUAGUCGGGUAAAACUCGCCGAUAACCGGAAUAACGUAACGCUCGUGCGCGUACCGUAUGUCCAGAGCGUUACCGUCAUUAUUACGGCCGGGUGUCUGUAAAUGAAUAUUUUAUACGGCCGCGCGUAUAGCCAGAGGUCGGUUAUUUUUUUCGUUUUUGUCUUUUCAUAAUUUACAAUCGUAAUAUCGUAACUGUACGUGUAACUUAAAAGUCAAACGUCAACUCGUAUAACAGUUAUUAUUUUUUUUUUUGUUUUUUUUUUGUUCGUAUAAAUUCCACUUAAAUAUAAAGGUUAAAUAAUAAUAAUAAUAAAAACUGAUACUGGCGUAUGCCGAUUUAAUGUAGGUGAGAAGUUGGGAAGAUGGAUAUAAGGGGUAAUUUAAUUUACAUUUUUACACUACGUUAAAUUUAUCGCCAACGAAAAACGAUUCAGAGCGAAGUCAGGUAAAACUAAGAUAAUAAUUACUAAUUUUCCAUUCGAUGAGUACUUCAAAAUACAUUUCUUUACUUUCGAAGUACAACUUGUGAUGAAUUUGUGUCAAAUUGUCGAGCAUUUUAUCUACACAAAACUAAAUAAAAAAAUACCAGACAAUUUUAAAUAGCUAUAAAUAACCUGAAAAAGUCAGAAAGUUAUACAAAUUGUACCUCGUCUACAGAAAUAUGUGAUCAAUCUAUUGAAAACUUCAGGUACCUAUUUAUGAAUAUUUCAACAUAAAAACAAAAUCAAAAAUAAUUAUACUUUUAUUGCUAUAAAUCGUCUUGUUUUCACAAUUUUUUAGAAAACUACAAGGGAAAUCAAAUUAUGUGCGUCUUUAGUGCGAAAAAUCUGCUACUAUUACAAACCGUCCCCGAAGUGAUGAUCGGAUCAAGAUUUUUGAUAGAAAAGUUGUUUAUAGACAGGAGACAAAGGCACAUGUCGUUAUAGUAAAAUCAUUAACAGAUUCCUCACUAUACGCUUAAAAUCUAUAAGGUUUUUUCUUCCGACGAACACUGUCAAUGAUGAUGAAAUAAUAUUAGUUUUAAGGGUAAUCGACUUUUAUAAUCCAAUAAACCAAUCGAAAAAACGCUUUUAAAGCCCGUCUAGUACUAUGCAUGAAGAUAAUAUAACAAUACAAAUAAAUUGCACAAAUUACUACGGAAAACGUUUUAAACAGUGCGUCGCAGUUCUCGAAGUAGAAAAACUUACUAUUUUGAGUAAAUCAAAAUAAUAUUAUAUUAUAAAACUUGCCCGAGGUUUUUCACUAUAAUAUUUACAAGGUUAUGUUAUAUAGUGAUUUUGUGAAGUAGGUAUAAUAUAUGCUCAACAUAUGCAGCGAAUGCGGUUCAUUUGCUACACAUUUCAUUGCGUAGUAAGUAUUUUAUCCGCCAUCUUUUUUUAUAUAAAAAUAUAUAUAUUUAUAGUCACUCGGGAUUGAUGUUAUACUCGCUUAUCAUUUAAUUGAUCGUAUAUUAUUAUACUUUAUCGAGUUUAUAGGUACAGUUAUAAACAGAGAAUACUAGAAUAAAAUGAGCAAAAUAUUUAUAUGUAUACACACGUUGUAUAAAACGAACCGUGCGCAAAUAGUAGUAAUAUAUUUCGGAUAAUAAUAUCAAAGAUUUUUAAACAUGUACCGUGUGCGUAAAAUACUAUAAAAAGAAUGUAUUUAUUAUUCAAAACUAAACGCCCAAAACGUCAAUAUACAGAGGUUGUAGAUAGUUGUGAUACACCCACUGUGCAAUUAUUUGUUAAAGAAAUGUUACUUAGACGUUCUUUUAAAUCAUGUAACAACACAAAUUGCGUUCCAUUUAAGUACGUUUAACAUCCCCGCGACCGUAUUUCGGUCACAAUAAUGUCUUUCACAAAACAUCUUUUAAACAUCACUUUUUAACAUCCGUACAACUUAAUCAGGUACGUUUUAGAGAUGUUUAUUUCUAAAAUACCAUGAACCGCAAAAUUGUGUUUAUAAAAUAACAUUGAAUACUAAAAUACGAAAAGUAAAAAUUCAAAAACCCGGAAUCUUGUUUCAGACGCCGUCGGGUAUUGAAUUCUGCCUAUCCUAACCUAAUUUGCCUAAAUGCCUAUCCACUGGACUUGACCUUACCUAACUGUUGAAAAGUGUUGAUUUUAUGACUACAUAAGUUAUUAAGUCAUUAUUAAAUAUCGUGUUAUACGGAUACAGUGACUCAAUUGAACUCUCUCGAUUAGGUUUACCUGUGUCUUUCGCGAUAGCUAGGGAUAACUCCUUACUUGAGUAGACGACUUACUAAUAAAAGGCAAAUAUUUCGGAGGUAGUUGAUUGAGGUAAAUAGCUGUGUGUUAUUGUAUAUAGUACUGUAUAGUAAAUAUAUCACUGGUAGUGUUUGUUUAUGUUAUCGUAAUAAUUAUUAUUUUAUUCCUACGCGUUUAAUUAAUGUGCAUUUUCAAAUACACUAAACAGUAAUAAAUCAUGACAAAUAAUAUCACGGUCAUGCAUAGCAUUUUGUAUAUUAAAAACAAUAUAGAAAAACGAAUCCUAUGAAAACUUAAACGUAAAAACUUUCAUUUAUUAUUAUUAUUAUUUUUUUUUUUUCAACAAAAGCCAUUAUUACUAUAAGAAAUAUCUACAGUUGAAAAUAAUGCAACUUUUUUAUGUUAAUACGUGCUUAGAAAAUUACUAUUUUCUUAAAUAUUUUUAAUAUCUUGUUUUGUUAGCGUAUAAAUACGGUACAGUCGGUAAUAAUGGCCACGGAAAAAAUGUCCAGGUAUAAAAUAUCCACGUACCAAAAUAAAAACAAUUUGAAUAGUUUUCCCAUUACCAUUAUUAUUAUUUAUUGUUCGUAUAAAGAUGGCUAUCCGUGUGAGUUUUGGUAUCUAUAUUAUGACUAAAAGUGGGUAUAUAAGUAUUAUCAUAACCAUUUAAGAGAUUGACUUUUUGACGUUGAGUCGUCCAAAAUUAUUUUUCGAAAUUAUAUUGAACUAUUCUGUAUGAUAUACUUAUAUUAUACAGUUAUAGAACUAUUUGUCCUCUAAUAAAUAUAUUGUUAUCUGUUCUUUCUAUGUACUUAUUAACUACCUAGUGGUCCUAUGCAUGUCUUAUAUUGUUUGAAAAUCAGAAAAUAUCUAAUAAUCAAAAUAGGUUAUUCCGAAGAAAAAAAUACAAUUUUAUAGAUACCUAUUUAAAAUACUAGGCUGUAAAAAAAAACGAAAUUGGUUUAUAUCACUAAUAAAAUAAAUGCCUAUAUUUGGAAUAAAAAACACAGUUACUUUAAUUACUAUAUAAAGAAUAUAAAUGGCUCACUGUAAUUUUUAGCAAUAAUUCUCACUGUUAACUGCUAUUAAAAAAAAUAACUGUGACUGACGACUGCUAUCAAUAUGAGGAACCGUUGAAAUAUAUUACAUAUAUUUGUAUGUGUUAAUUAAAUCAUUAAAACCUAGGUAUGCAUUUUAAAACAGUUAGCUAUCUCAAGUGAGUAAGGUAACUGUGUCAUUUAUUCCAGGUAGGCAGGUACCGAUAAGAGUCGUUUAUAAGUUCAUAAUAAGAACAAUUCAUUUUAUUAGUGAUAUAAUCCGUUUUUAUUUUUACUGUCAGGCUAAAAGUUGUAUUAUAUAUACUGCUUUUCAUGUAUGAUUUAUCUGUGGAUUAAGAUUGAAGAGACCAACCUGGAACAGUUUAUCAGUGGCACCAAGUACGAAACAAGUGCGAGCGUCCAGGGCUGUAAACCAAUGAUUUUCAGCACCACCUAUAAUGUCUAACGGUUUUAAUAGAAAUAAUAAUGAUUACAAAAAGGACGCCAAAUUAAAUCACCGGUAUACUAAAAGUUGUGACCAGUCCGUUAUACCCACGGUUAUAGAUAUAAUGGUAGAUAUAUUAUAUAGAUAUAAUGGUAGAUAUAAUUAUAGAUAUAAUGGUUACACAACGAGUCACUAAAGUUCUUAUCAAAAAAAAGAAAAUCUCCCUGCCUCACAUGUCGCGAUCCAGUUAAAAUUACUUACUUAACUUAAAACAUACUUAUAUAGUAUACCAUAUAUAUGGUAUAUUAUUAUUAUUGUACAACAAAAAUCUGUUAACUCAUUAUUGAUUAUACCGGGAAUGCUAGAAGUCAGGGACUAAAUGUUAAGUUUAAUAAAACCCUUUUUGCCCAUGAAUCAUAUCGAAAGACAAACAUUUUAAAAAACAGUUGAUAGAAGUGUGUGGCGUUGGUCCGACAAGCAACAUGUUAUAUUAAUAAUAAUAUUUUCGACGACAGUUUAUAAUAAUGGUCGGGCGCGGCUUUCGGUUGUCGAUCAAAUGGAGGUAAAUAAUAAUAACAACAGAAAAAAAACGGCGAGGAGAAAGUACGCGGAAAUUAAAAUAAAAAAUUUACCGGAAAGAGAUGAUCGGCUUUUUCGGAGCCCCGCACACGGGUCAAGUGCUGCUCUCCCGUCGAGCAAUUCUAACGAGGGUCGCCUAACCUAACCUGUACAAUAGAGCCGUUCGUUACCACAGCUUGUCAUCGUCCCGUCAAACGGCCGUCACUCAGUCGGUUAAUUCGAUUCGAUUAAAAACUCGUUCGCGAUUCAAAACGGUAAAACUAUCGCAAGUACUGCUAUUAUAGAAACACUGCAGUUUGAUCGAUGCGAACGAUAUUCAUGUUUCUACGGAUACAUGCGUAGGUUGUGAGAAUCACGAUUCAGGUGGUCCGCGCCACAUCCCGGUAAACAAACCGACAAUAAUAUUAGGUAUAUUCAAAUGUUCCAUUUUAUAGGUACAAUAAGAUAAACGUUGAUAAUUUUCGCCAAGAAUUAGAUCGAUCAGUUCAUACGUUUUGGAUAUGAAUGCAAAAAAUAUCGAAGUACCAAAAUGCAGCGUUUAAAUAUGAAAAGAAAAAAAAAAUCGUUUCUUACUAAAUACGAUUCCGAGUGAAGUUUGGUUAAAAAUAUUUUGAAAUAUCGUCAUUUUUCUGAUUUUCGUCAAAAUUUGAACGUAAAAACGAUAAGAAAUAAAAUAAGAGGCCACAUUUUUUAUUUUGGCCACCAAGUACAAUUUAUAAUAACACUCGUGUCAAAUCAUUUUAUAACGAUUUCAUUCACAUAAAACUUAAUAAAAACUAAGCAAAUUAGAAAAGGUCAAAUGCCUGAAAAUAGCUUACAAAUCAACAGAAUGUAUUGAAUAUUUUAACAUGUAAAUGGCUGAUAUAAGUAUUCCGCGAACAUCACAGGUUUUUAUAGUUAAUUUAAAAUGAAUUAGAAAAAAAAAAUCCGAAAUAACUAAAACGAGAGUAUCUCGGGUUUACAUGGGAAUUAUUUAAAAAAAAAAAAAAAAAAACUGAAGGGGUAACGAAAUUAUAUUUGCCUAGAGCAGAAAAAUACCUUAGACCAGCCCUGGCUAUAAGUGCUAUAGGUGGAGACAAAUGGAAGGAAGUCGUUUUAUUGAGUUGUGAAGUUAACGCUCUCGACGAGCUGUUGUCUAGAGAACAAUAAUGAUAUUUAUUUUUCCAGUUAAUUUGUUUUUCUAUUUUUACAUACAAAAAUAAUUGUGUGAUAUAAUUAUAAGUUAGGCAGUUAUUACUAUUUAUUUGUUUUAGUGUAAAAAACGUGUACUUUUUAUUACUUAACGACUUUUCCUUUUAGCCAAAUUAAUUAUUAAUAAUGUUAGAACGAUGCAAAUUAAAUUUCUCGGAAUUCGCUUAAUACGCGCGCAAUAUCGAUAUGAGUUUUUUCCUUGACGUAUCAAAUCCUUUUUCUUUUUUUGAGAUGCCAACGAACGUAGAUUAUAAUAGUCAGUGGCGACGUAAAUGAAUACACUAAAAAGCAGCUGUUUUAUGACCAUCGCUAAUCAGGUUAGCGGACAGAUGUAUGAUCACGGGUGGGCCGGCGUAAUGUACUUUAUCGUUAGAUUGUAUCAACGAAAAACGUUUGGUACACGAAAGUUUUAGAUAAGACAAACGUAAACAAUUAUCUAAACUAUCAACAAAUAAUAUACCCUAUUAUUAUUUUCGUGGUUUACAGUGCAACAACGAGUCUAACGAAAAAAACGAAUUAUAGAACAACAAAUUUUCGGAAACGCUCGUUUUUUUUUUAUUAUCAACAUCGAUAAUAACCAUCUGAUUGUAUCGAAUUUCGAAAUACGUGCCGUAUGUAUGUGUAUAACCGACGAAAUAUUACGUCAUCGGACACAGAAAUAAAUAUGUAAACGACAACGAUUCGGUAUGUGUGCGCGGCGAACGCGGUUUAUGACCGGCUGUCCGUGCGAAUUCGCAAAUGAUUUUUGGCCGACUCUUAACAUGUAUACGCGCGCGGCGGGACCCUUACGCCACACCCGCGGUCGACGACGGAGUUCGGUGGUGGGUAUACCGAACAGACGUGCCACACAUACACGGUAAUUGUGUAUACGUGACACUUUGGAAAACGUCCGACAAUAUUAUAAUAGUAAUUGUCAUAUACGCAUAGGUACGCGAUAGAAUUUCGGAGUUCGUCGGCGGGUACGGCACCCGUUUGUUCCGGAUUAAAGAAAAGUUUGGACGUUUUACAGUGAUUAUUAUUAUUUUUAACAUAAUUGAUCCGUCGGUUAUCCACGGAGAUUUCGAUGUGAAAUUUUAUCUUUUAUCAACCGAUGCCAUAUUAUGUAAUAUAGCAUUUACACUAUUUACAAAAUCGUCAUGGUACAUGACCACAAUCGUAAAAACACAAAUCAAUUUCGAAAAGAGAAUGUUUAUCAAACAUACGUCGAUAUUCAAUUAUGUAUAGGUCGGGGAGUAUAGGGGAAGGUUUAUCGUCUAAAAACGGAUACAACAUAAUAUGUCGUUUUUUUUUUUUUUUUUUUGGAGAAAUUUCCGGGUUGGCCAAUGCCAAUGUGUAUGGCCAUGUGGCCAAUUAUCGUUAUUAACAAAAGAAAUUCUGAAUACGUAAUACGUUUUACGGACAAUAAUAAUUGGUGAUAGAUAAUGUUUUUGAGGUUAAUUAGCAAUUUUAUGAUCGGCAUGUGGACGGGAAAUUGUGUUUAUAAGCUAACAUACAUAAUAAUAUUACCAAUUUACAUCACAAUCUAUACGGACUGACACUACGCAUAGCAGUUAUGCAGCGUUACUCUUCUUUAAGAGAAAUAUUGUAAUAAAGGUUAAGUUAUAAUAUCGCAUGUUUAAUAUUAUAAUUUUCGAAAAUCUGGAGAAUGUAAAAAAAAAUUUUUUUGUUAAUACAAACAAUGUACAGACAUAUAUAUUUAAACAAUUAUUUUUUUUAUUAAUUUGAUACGUAGUCACGUGGGUUAUGAAACGACAACUGGUGUUGAGGGAAGAAUGGAUGGGCAGCUCUUAAAAAGGCUGUUUUCGCCCAUAUAGUCAGAAAGUUCUAGGACGUUUGAUUGCCGGGUUAUUGUUGUUUCAUUUCGUGCUUUCAUCGUGCGUUUCACGGUAAUUACUUUGAGAACAAGACUUGAAAGAGCACUACUAACAGGGAAGACCACGAUAAUACAUCGCAAUACCUCCCCAUUAUUGUUAAAGGCUUAUGAUAACAAGCUGAUUGUCAUAAUAUGCGACAUCAAAAUUAUUAUGAUUAGAUUUCAGAGGGAGGAAAACAUUCGAUUUGGAUUUAAAACUUCCAAUAUUGAAAUUUCACGGUUUCUUUAGUAGUAAACGACUGAUGUCGGAUGAUCGUCGACCACAAGUUGUUGAUAUAACAUUAUAUGGUGAUCCACAUAUCAGCCAGUUAUUUUCUCGAAGGAUUUCAAGUGAAUUGGAUUUAUGUUAACAGUUCAACACCAAUAUCGAACAUACCGUUUAUGAGUUAUACCAGUUUAUUGUCAAAACUAAUUGUACUACAAAGUUUCUAAUAAAAAAAAAAAAUAAUAAAAAAUAGUUUAAAAUUUAGGUCGGAAGAGUAGAAAAGGAAAAUGUAUGUCUUAUUUAUGUUUAGAUGCUAAAUUUAUAAACUAUUCCUAAUCUUCCAAUCUAAACUUUGAACUAUUAUAACUUAAAUAAACAAAGUUAAAACGGUUCCAUAAUAAUUAUUGAAAACAAAACAGUUAUAAAAUAAACGGAAAUAAUAUUCAUUUAAAAUUCUCCUGGAAGUUGGUGGUUUAUGAUAACCGGACCCCUUCCCUGUAUUGUAUUAUUAUUAUCGUAUUGUUUUUUGAUGUAUGCCGGUGGCGGUAACGUAUACCAUACGAGUCAUAUAACAUGUUAUUAUAACAAUUAUAACAUAAUAUGAUUUGUAUUAUUAUGUGCAUACGAGCAUGGGUAAUCAUAGGUCCAUUGUGCCGUCGUCCAUAACAACCUGAAAUCGGAGGACGGAUUUUAGGGAAAUAGCGCACCUAUUUACCUGCCUAUAGUAUACUCAGUGACAAUAGAUAUAAAAUGAUAAUAAUGAUGAUAACAUUGUUGUGUUAUAUUAUGAUAAUGUUUUGUUUUUGUGUGUUGCAGUGAACAGCGUUGAAGGGCCGAUCCUGAAUCUGACACAGAUCACCCGCUUUCACAUGGGAGCGUAUCUGUGCAUAGCGUCCAACGGAGUACCGCCGUCGGUCAGUAAGCGUAUAAUGCUGGUGGUCAACUGUGAGUUUACGAUUAUACCUACCUACUUACAUACCGAUCGUGAUAACUUGAAAUAAUUAACGUGCCUAAACUUAUCUAAUAAUAUUAUAAUGUGCUGCUCGCGUAAUCGCGAAACCUUUCCGCCGUCCUAUCUAGUGGCGUGCCCAGAAAUUUUCGAAUGAGAGAAUGGGAUGUAGUUAAUAAUAAUCACAAUCCACGAAUAAAUCAUAGAAUCUUUUAUAACAUACCUAAAUCGACGAUGAUGGUUAAAAAGAGUCUUUUUUUUAUAUCUAGCUUUUUUUCUUGCAACCUGGCUGAAAUACUCUGCUGAAUUUCUAGAUUAAAUAACUAAAUAAACACUCAUAGUUGUUAUAUUUUUAAACCGAUGGGAUAGGGGGAUAUAAUCACUGACGUCUUUUUCUGUUUAUGCCACUGGGCAUAACCAGAAAUGAGGGCAAGCCCAUUAUAAUGUGUAAGUUAGGUAGGCCCGUCUUUAACUAAGACUAGCGAAUGUCAGAAGCUAUUUUAUUUAUAAUAAUACACAUCGUCUCGCAAUAAUUAAGUAUAAUAAAAUAUUUUAAAUACUAUUAUAAUAUUUUAUUAUACAAGUCACUUAUUAAAUAAUUUACAUCUAAAUUUCCAGAUGCUGGUUAUGAUAAAUUAGGUUAUCAAUAAAUCAUUUAAUUUCAAGGUUCAUUUAAUUUUAAAUAUAUUACAAAGUAGUGUGCAUCUUAUUGAUUAGUAUUUAAAAACCAGCCUUUAAUAUGGACAACAUUUUUAAUAUUUAAAAAGAUACGGACUUAUUUCGCACGAAGGGUGGUCCACUGUCGCAGGUAAAUAGGUGGGAAGAUAGAAUAUAGAGGGAAAUUUAAUGUAUGUCUGUAGGUAACGAAUAAUCUUUGCUACCUAACGAAAAAUGAUUCUUAGCGGAGCUCAGUUAUACAUGUUCUGAAAGGCCUUAUUAUUUACGAUUUAAAAAUAAUAAAUUUCAUACACAUAUUCUCGAUUUUCCUACGUUUUUUUCAGUUUUCCCAUUUAUAAUUAAAACCCCAAAGAUAAUCGAAAAAUCAUCUGGAGUGGUACUUAAAGUAAUUUAUUGUAAAACAAUACAUUCGUCAUUCUGCUCAGAAUCUAAAAUUAAGUACAUUAUAAAAAAAGAGGUUAUUUAACAUGAAAUUAGUAUAUUCAUCCUAACUUAAUGGGUGUAGGUAAGGUACAUAAAAAUAUAAAAAUACAAAAAUAAUUUUUGGGUUUUAAGUGAGUUUAUCAUCUCGUGGUGCACUCUGAGUGAACUAGGACGCUUUUUGGGCUAAAAAGUUAUCUUUUUUUCUUGGGGUAUACUUGGGUGAUUCCAUAUUCCAGAUGCAUUCGGUACAUUGAAAAGGGAUCAUUUCGGGACACACUCAGGACAACCCCGAAAAAUAUGUGCCUAAGGCUAUAAUUGAGCCUAAUCCAGUCUUGAUUCAGGAAGGCUCCCAACUAUCAUUCAGGACUAUUUAAAUUGUUAAGUAUUGAAAAUAUACAACCUUCUAAAUACAAGCGUGCUGUACUACUACACUGAAAUUAUGUAUUUUGAAAAAUAACAUCAAUAAUAAGGUUUUAUAUAAUAUUAUGGAGAAAGUUGAAUGUAAAUAUUAUAUUUGCUUACAUUAUUAUAUUUUUUCAUUUUUAUUUCUUAUGUUAAGCCUUUCCCACAAUGAAAUAUUUGGAUACGUCACUCGCUUGCUCCUUCAUAACACAACCUGACCCGAAGACGCUUUGAACCGUGAUGUUAUACGUGAGACGUGAUUUUCAAAAAAAAUCUAUAAGCUAAACCGUGCAUAAUAAUAUGAAUGCGAUGUACAAAAAAAACCAAAAUAAAAUUACUUCUUUAGUUGUUCUAUAGGUUAAUCAAUUUUGAUAUUAUGCGAUACCAGAAAUUUGAAUAUUACGGACAGUAAAUUGUAGUAUUAUAUGUAUAUAUUUUUAUCGAUGACAUAAGUAUAUAAUAGGAAAAAAUACGAAAAAUAAAAUAAAAUUUUAAAUCACUCGUUUUGGACUGAAUCACGGAACUCGAAUCGUCCAUGAGAAUUAAAAUAUUCUUUGAACUAUCAACGGGCGAAUAUGAACACAUACAUUGAAAUUAUAAUAUUAUACUCGAGAAAUACAUUUAUUUUUAAUAUUCGAAUAGUUUUCCCCAUUCUAAAUAUGUAUUUGUUUUAUAUAAAAAAGUUCAUCUUUAUUGUAAUAAUUUCAAAGAAUACAAAUGAUACGCCACAAAAAACAACUACGCUGUUUUAAUAUUUUAUGUAUUUUGAAUAUACAGUUUAAAAUAUAUUUUAUGGUAUUAUUAGAGGUAUAUACGCUAUACAGUGUUGUGUUUUAUUUAAAUAGGUAUAUUGUUAUAUUUUAUCUUGUCUAGACACACGAGAAAUCAGCCUUCUGAGUCGUUAUCAGAGAUAAAUAAUUGAAAGAUGUAAAUAAGCCUUUUUAAAUCGCAAUUAAUAUAAUUAUUAAAAAUAAAAGGUUUAAUAAUUUAAUUUAUAUUAAAAUAAAUUAUUACGUUAAGCAAACAAACACUAACUUUAUAAGGUGUGAACGUUUACGAACCUCGUAAACUUUUAAUACUUUUAUUAGUUGUACUUUUGUACAGUUUUUUGAAAGGCAAUGAACAAAAUAUUUAUCUUCUUUUUUUUUUUAUCUAGAUUCAAAGUUCCUUAUUAUUUUAUUUUUAUAUAUUUGUCUUGAUAGUUAAAUUUUAAUGUAUAUUUAUUUUUUUUUUUAUCUCAAUCCAGAUAAUUAUUCUAGAAAUUAUCUUUAAUUGUUAUAAAGUUAUUUUAAUAAAAUGUAUCUUCAUAAUACAUUGCGCUAUACUAUAAAUGGUUUACAAAUGUAUUUAAAACAAUCACGUUUUGCCACUAUUAAUUAUUUUUGUAAUAUUAUUGAAAAUCACGAGUUAAUAUUUUUUUUUUUUGUUUUUUGUUAUUCACUCGCCGCAGUCCCGCCGAUGAUGAAUAUCCCGAACCAGCUGAUCGGAGCCUACGUCGGCCAAUUGCUGACGCUCGAGUGCAUGUCCGAAGCUCAUCCCCAGACGAUCAACUAUUGGACCCGGGAGGCCGGCGAGAUCAUCGCUCGCGGUAAGCAGAACACGUCCGUAGAAUAA